GGGGUUGUCAAUUUUACCAGUGUCAGAUAAAAACCAAAUUUUGCUUUUUAAUUAUAAACUAAUUUUUUAGCUUAUAAUUUUACAUAUUUUCAAGUCCAACAAAAGUUUUUGCACUACAGAACAAAAUGAAUUACUGAACUCUUUACAUCAGCUAUCACCAGCACAAAAUAAGUCUUUAUUAGAUCUUGAGAAGGAACUGUAUUAAACCCUAGAAGAGUUUAAGGAUAAUGAAGAAGUGUCAAGGGAAAUAAUACAAUUGUAAAAUAAAGUUACUGCUUGUAAAUCUAAAAUAGUCACUUAUUCGCAAUCAUAUUUUGGCCCUUUUACAGUAAUAGUCGAACAAAAGUCAAUAGAGAAAACAUACCGAGUCUAUAUCCUAUGGACUUGGGAAAAAGAUUCCAUGCCCUAGGAAUCUCUAAUGUUAAAAGUAUUAAAAAGAAAGGCAAACACAGAGUUGAAAUAAAUUUUAAUCUUCCACAUGAAGCCAAUAAAAUACUUUGUAACGAGACACUCUUACGUGAGGGUUAUAAAAUAUACAUUUCUCAAAGGUUUUUAACUGUCAAAGGCAUUAUUAGAGAUGUAGGCUAUUCCAUUACAAGUGAAGAUAUUUUACAAAAUGCUGGCAACAAAUACAAUAUUAUAGAAGCCCGUAGACUAAACAGGAGAAUAGUCACUAAAGAAGGAAUUCAGUAUCUACCUUCAUCUACUUUUUUACUAACUUUUAAAGGAAAAAGAAGACCUGAAGAAAUUGAAAUUUACACGUCCCAUACUAAAGUUUUUGCUUAUAUUCCUCCUGUUACGCAAUGUAGAAACUGUUGGAGAUUUGGUCAUGCCCAAAUUCAAUGUUGA